CCGAUAUCGGUUUAAUGAAUUGACUGACCGAGUUGAUUGAACCCUGGGUGGAAGGACCUCUGUGACCGCAGCGAAUUGUCCAUUAUAAAAACAACCAUGGCCUCCCGGCCCAAGUUUGGUGAAAGCCGAUCCCCCUCCCACGACGUCCUUCGCAGCGGCGCUCCAUCGCCGCGCAUUGAGCACUACGAUGGUGAAAUUCCUCCCGCGCUGUCUCCGCUCGAUGCCUUUGCCGCUCAAGGUCGGCUCCUGGCCCGUCAGUUGGAGGAGUCGGCGAGAAGGAACCGUCGUAUGAGCAGGCUCCCCCCCUCCAGUGUGGCCCGUUCCUUAUCGCAACCCCGACCCGGAUAUUUUCGAUCUCCAUCUUCGAGCGAGUCUUCUCAAGGGGGAAGAGGUGGCCGUAAAGAGUUGACGAGACAACCGACGCAGAAGAUGAACCCCGAGGUGGAGGAACCCAAGUUCCGUCCGCAGUCUGAACACCCCCGUCUAAGCGGGGUAUCUCACCUGACAAACGACAUGGGCGAUUAUCCGGAGGAGGACGAGGACCUUACCCCCAAGAAAGAGCCCAACGCUUUCGACCUGCCGCGCGCAGACUCGCCGGAAGACGUUAUGUCCUCAUACGGCGCACCCGACAGCGCGGCUGACUGCACCCCUCGUUUCUACGCGGUCUCUCCUACCAGCGUUGCGCCAGCUGGCGUGGCUCCUCCCGUGGGCGUCACCCUGGUUGGACCCUCCCGGACCUCGUCGACCGAUUCAGCCUCUCGUCUAAACAUUCCGCGAGGCCUGGCCCCGCCAGCCUCUCCGCUAUCUAGGCCAUCCAGCAGUUCCCGAACGAUGCAGCCUGAGAGCUCUGACGACGACUACAGCAGCUCGAAUGCGGGAUCGACGUUCUCGAAGCCGCGGAAAAUGUCCGUUAGCAGUGCGGUGUCACUGCCAUACUCCCCCAUGUCAUCUUCCGUCAUCCGCUCACAUCCCCGGUCGCCAUCCAUGAGCUCGGAGACGUCGAACACCGGAGGUCACCUCCCGCGACCAUACAAUUUCUCGCGCCCGUUGAGCCGGUCCAGCACGAGUGUUUCAGCACCCGGUCCAAUGGGCUCGUCAGAGUCGGCAGCCGCCAACCUACAGACCGCGAUCAACCGUGGACACAAACCUAGGCCAAUCGUUGUGCCAUCGCCAUCGGAUAUGCCCUUCAACCCUAAUGAAGACCCGUCAUCUGCCGUGUCUUCGUACACCUACGCCAAGUACUCCCUGCCUCGCGGGCGUGCGGUAUCGAGAGACUCUGUGGUCUUUUCAGGCCUUCAGACCCCUCACUUCGAGUGGCAGGAGCCGUUGUUUGAGAGCCCACCGCGGCACAGUACAGCGGGCCCCCCUCAACCGGCAAGGACCCCGUCCCCAGUGCCCUCUUGCCAAGCGUCCAUUAUCUCGAAGACGCGCUCGAUGUACGAAUCGCCGUCUUCAGCUCGUCGAUUGUUGACACCAGAGCCGCCUCUGCCUCAGCAAACUCCCCCGUCGCCUGACGCGACACCAUCUCAACCGGUCCCUGCCGAACCAACCCAUACAGCUCAGGAAUCCACAGAGCCUGCCCCUGCCGACCCUAUGCCCGCCGACCCUACAUCUAGCGAGGAGGCUUCCAUGGAACAGCGGGAUGUAGAGGUCUCGAAGAGUGACCAUACCGAUGCCACAUCUUCCGCGGGCUCGGAAUCUACGGUCCGCCCGCAAACCGGCCGGACAAACACGAGUUCCGCUGCAAUUACGGCGGAUGAGCAUGUCACAAGGGGCAUCGAAUGUCACGAGAGAGGAUCUCUGAACGAAUCGACGUACCAUCUGCGCAUUGCAGCCAAGCAGAACCACCCAACCGGGAUGCUGCUAUAUGCAUUGGCCUGCCGGCAUGGGUGGGGUAUGCGGCCGAAUCAACGGGAGGGCGUACAGUGGCUGCGCAAGGCCGUGGAUUCCGUUGGCAUCGAGCUCAUGGAUGACUCUAACCCAACUAUUCCCACUCGCGCCAGAGAGCUACAAAAGGCGUAUCGGGCCCAGUUUGCGCUGAGCAUCUACGAGCUUGGCGUGAGCCAUCUGAACGGAUGGGGCAUUGAACAGGAUAAGUCGCUGGCCCUGCGUUGUUUCGAGAUCGCCGGCCAAUGGGGAGAUGGUGAUGCAUUGGCCGAGGCCGGCUUCUGUUACGCAGAAGGCAUCGGCUGCAAGAAGGACCUGAAAAAGGCGGCGAGAUUCUACCGCCAGGCGGAGGCGAAGGGGAUCAAUAUGGUGGGAAACAGCUGGAUAUACAAGGACAAGUACAUGGCGGAGGAUGAAGCCGCCAGCCGGUCGCGCGGUCGCGGUCGCGGCCGUCAGGCUGGCAGCACGCCCGAGAAGGCCAAGCAGCGCAGCAAAUCGCGGACGCGCAGUCUUUUCCACCGCAAAAAGUCCGUUGCCGCCGAAGCAUGAAAUGGAAGGAAGGUUGUACCACCGCCACCCUGCGACCCUGCAGUGUUUCUUUGCAUCCGAACGCUCGGCGACUGCAUCAGCGAGCAGCAAAAAGCUUGUCCUCCUGGGCUUCUGUGAUCGGGCCCUUUGCGAUUUGACCUAAUUCCUGAGACUUUUGUUUCUUUUUCCUAUUGCGAUCACCCGGUGUCUCUCAUCUGGUCAACCUCAACCUGCACUAUCCCUUUUGUGCCUGUUGAGACCCCCUUACCCCUUCUU